UGAGCGCCUGUGUGGAGGUACAAGUGUUGAUGUUGGUACUGACUCGCUGUCAUUGUGUGGAGAGACUCACUCGGUCACUAUGCCGCCCUCCCUGCUGCUGCUGCUGCUGGUUUGUAGCACCCAGGCGUCUCAUUUUUAUGGGACAGUGAUGACUUACUAUCCAAAAAACACUUACGCAGCUGGAUAUAUGGAGGUGGUCCUUCGCUAUAAGCUGAGCUUCCACUCGUGCACAGACAGCGACUCGUGGACCUGCCUCAACUCGAGCUGCGGGGCAGGAAGCGUCGUUCUACACGAGGUGGACAAGGAGAGCAGCGGCGAGUGGUGUCAGAGAGAGGGGAUCAUGACUCGGCAGGUCCCCACCAACGCUGCCUUUCAGCUGGUGUUAGAUGGCGGUAACUGGAUCAGUGGCAUUAAAAACGGCAUCGUGUUGUGGAGAGCUGUGACUACGGUGGAGGUGAGGAACCGGUCCGACACCGGCCGGGCCAACAGAUCCCCCCAGACCACCGUCCUGCCGGCUGUGAGAGUUCCUUCAAACUGUCCGAGAGAUUUCCACCUGUUGGCGUUCGACCCGGACGGAGACGAGGUUCAAUGCAGAUAUGGAAACAACUCGACGGAGGAGUGCAACCCCUGCACGCCGCCCUCCGUUCUCGACCUGUCAUCAUCUUGCUCGUUGUCAUUCAGACCGAGCAAUAGCAGCGUUGAAGGCCCGUACGCCGUUCAGCUGGUGAUGGAGGACUUUCCCAGGCAGACCAUCACCCUGACUCACACCAACGGGGAGCAGACGACGAUAAGUCCCAACAACUCUCUAAGCCAACUCCCUGUCCAGUUUGUUCUAAGAGUGGAUCCUGUGGUGCCAUCCUGCACUGAGGGACUCUACCUGCCCAAGUUCCUGCCUCCGACCCCGGCCAGCAGAUCCCAGCUGCACGCCCCUGUCAAUCAGAGCCUGGAAAUCAGCAUCCGUGCCCAAGCAAAUAUCUCCACUAUCUCUGAGCUGCUGUUCAGUGGGCCGUACAACGUAAACCAGAUGACGUCAGGAACAGGACAGUUCGUCCUGAGAUGGACACCGUCCGAGGACCAGGAUGGAGAAAGCCACCCAAUCUGCUUCGUCGUCCAAGCUGUUUACAAUUCAGUGAAGUAUCACUCUGAGCUGCGAUGCGUCGUCGUUACCGUUGGAGACGCAGAGCCAUCAUUGAAUGCAACCACAGAAAGUCCCACCACUCCUCCAGCAACUACACCAGGAACUCCACCGCCGUCCAAUCAAAUCGUCAUCGGUCUGAGCGCGAGGAUUUCCUCUUUGUCUCCGCUGUCCGCCGACAACCUCAGGACCAUUGUCGAGCAACAGCUUAAAGAUGAACUGGUGAGGCGAGGGCUGCCAUCAGACAUCAUUCUUCGCCUCGUGAGCCAUGCAUAGGUGUGAUCUACGACCUCGGCGGCCCCUGCUGGUUAAACGUGGCCGUUUGUUGGCUCCUGUUUAUCUAUGUAUUUUAUAUUUAUAGAUCCCUUUAGGAAAAUGGACAUAAACGCUUCAUACUGCUCUUCAUGUUAAUGUAGAUGAGACAGGAAGCAGCCAAAUCAAACUCAUAGUUUAAACUGUGUGUGAUGUCCAUGAUGAACAGAAGACGGCGGCAGGGAUGGCCGCCGCGUCUCCAGCUCCUCCUCAGGUUCACCUUUUUCUUGUUUCAUUUAGUUUUUACUUCUGCACCGUUUGACGUCUCAGAUUCUCGUUUUAGCUUGCGUGACUUUCUUUUCGUGCACAUUAUUUGAGCUCUGCAGGAGAGUGAAGACUUUCACUGCUCAUGACUGCUUCACUGUCACUGAACCCGAGACUGAACUGAGAACGUCAGGUGGUUUAUGAAAUCGUUUGCAGCUGAAAAUUGCUUUUGUAAAUGACUUCGACUCUUCGAUUCUGGACUGAUACACAAACCCUCAAGGACCAGAACUGUAAAAUCCUGAGGUUGUAAUGUGCAGCUUCAGAGUGUAAAAACAGGUUCUUCUUAAAGAAAGAAAAAUAAAAAUGUUUUUAUCUGUGAA